AUGUCGAAGAGGAAGCUGCGAUCCGACACCGCUGCGGGAGGCGUCGACGAGGGAGUACUGGAGGACACCACCAUUGCCGCGCCACGUGCAAAGAAGGCGAAGAAAGAUGUGGUGCGCUAUCUCUGCUAUAUCUGCGACAGGGAGCGUUCGGCUGGGGCUUUCCCGGAUUACAACCCUUCGAGCGAGUGCGAGCACAACAUCAACACCUGCAAGAGCUGCUUGAAGCUCUGGGUCGAUGUCUCCCUUGAGGGUGCGCAGACUACGAUCAGCGAAGAUCGAAAGGUUUUUGGUCUCAAGCUCAUCUCCGUCGAUUCCAAGGCUUGCUUAUACAAAUACUCAUAUGGUUAUCGACAGUGCCCGGAGUGUGAAGGCAUCAUGAAGAACGUCAACAUACAGAUCGCCACUACAAAGAAGAUGCACGGCAUGUUCGAGAAGAUGGAGCGCAAGCAUAUCGCCGACAACACACCGGGUUGGCGCUGGUGCAUGGCCCCAAAUUGUAACGCUGGCCAGGUCCACGAGCCCAAGAUCAUCGACAAGCCCAAGGAACCACCGAAGUCGAAGAGCAGAUCGAAGAAGAAGGCCGUCGAUCCGGAGACUGACGUAGAAGACAUCUUCACCUGCAACGAGUGCGGAGCACGAGCCUGCGUGACUUGCGAUAGGCCAUACCACGAAGGCGAGACUUGUGCCGCGUAUCAACUUCGCAUAAGAGACCGUACUGUUGAGGAGGACAAGUCGCUGCUCGAGAUCGAGCGUGUCACUCGGAAGUGCCCAAGCUGCAAGGGGAGCAUUCAGAAGAAUGGAGGUUGUAAUACUAUGUUCUGUUUUGCUUGCAAAGUCCUCUUUUGUUGGAACUGCGUCUCGCCGUUCGAGCAAGGUGCCUACUGCAAGUGCAACCCGCGGCCACCACAGUAG